AGGGAAGGAAAAAGAAUUCAGCCUUAUGUACAGUGCGAACGAUCUCCUGGACGAAAACUUUGCAGUAAAGUUAGAAGACUGAAUCUACCUAGAGUAGCAAGUCAUCUGCCUCCAUCGUUUCUACCUUUUACACAGAUAUUUUUCCAUCAUCAACUCAAGACUUUAUUCGUGAUGCCGGUCCGGGGAUCGUACAACAUAUCCGGUGCAGGAGAGGCUACUGAAGAAGUACCAAGAUCUAGUCCCCGUGAAAAAUAUUGGAUACUCAAGCUCGUCACAUUUAUUGUGCUUUCCAUUGUGAUCGUUACACUUUGUCUCAUUUGGAGUCAAUCCAACAAUGGCGAAACCAAGGAUCGGUAUGAGACUGCAAAACAGGUGAGUUCUGCGUCUGAACAAUUACCUGGAGUUUCCGAUUCAAGUGGCAACAAUUCGGAGAAAUCGCAAUUAAAGAAAAUAGAAACGGUUGAGCCGCAACUGGAUAACACAACACGGGAAACACAGACACCAGCAGAAAAUCAUCCUGUCAUGGCCACAACAAACGUGAAUAUAUCGAAUCGAUUUGGAAAUGUAAACGAGGUUGAUGAGGAUGGUGAACUGGACAAUAUCGGCCAAAAGCCUGGUGUUUCACGACCAGUUACUCCGGAGCAAUCAACAAAAACCGUGACAAUGUCAUCGUAUUCAAGUGGCUAUUCCUAUGCAGCCGUUGAAAAUACAACAAUCGCAGCGGCAGAAGAAUCCGAUUCAUCAUCUUCAACAACACCGUCAUUACGAGAAUCUCAAGAUCCAGUCCCCAACGCCCCUGCAGCCGUUGAAAAUAAAACAAUCGCAGAGGCAGAAGAAUCCGAUUCAUCAUCUUCAACAACACCGUCAUUACGAGAAUCUCAAAAUCCAGUCCCCAACGUCCCUGCAGCCGUUGACAAUACAACAAUCGCAGCGGCAGAAGAAUCCGAUUCAUCAUCUUCAACAACACCGUCAUUACGAGAAUCUCAAGAUCCAGUCCCCGACGCCCCUGCAGCCGUUGACAAUACAACAAUCGCAGCGGUAGAAGAAUCCGAUUCAUCAUCUUCAACCACACCGUCAUUACGAGAAUCUCAAAAUCCAGUCCCCAACGUCCCUGCAGCCGUUGACAAUACAACAAUCGCAGCGGCAGAAGAAUCCGAUUCAUCAUCUUCAACAACACCGUCAUUACGAGAAUCUCAAGAUCCAGUCCCCGACGCCCCUGCAGCCGUUGACAAUACAACAAUCGCAGCGGUAGAAGAAUCCGAUUCAUCAUCUUCAACCACACCGUCAUUACGAGAAUCUCAAGAUCCAGUCCCCGACGCCCCUGCAGCCGUUGACAAUACAACAAUCGCAGCGGUAGAAGAAUCCGAUUCAUCAUCUUCAACCACACCGUCAUUACGAGAAUCUCAAGAUCCAGUCCCCGACGCCCCUGCAGCCGUUGACAAUACAACAAUCGCAGCGGUAGAAGAAUCCGAUUCAUCAUCUUCAACCACACCGUCAUUACGAGAAUCUCAAGAUCCAGUCCCCGACGCCCCUGCAGCCGUUGACAAUACAACAAUCGCAGCGGUAGAAGAAUCCGAUUCAUCAUCUUCAACCACACCGUCAUUACGAGAAUCUCAAGAUCCAGUCCCCGACGCCCCUGCAGCCGUUGACAAUACAACAAUCGCAGCGGUAGAAGAAUCCGAUUCAUCAUCUUCAACAACACCGUCAUUACGAGAAUCUCAAGAUCCAGUCCCCGACGCCCCUGCAGCCGUUGACAAUACAACAAUCGCAGCGGUAGAAGAAUCCGAUUCAUCAUCUUCAACCACACCGUCAUUACGAGAAUCUCAAGAUCCAGUCCCCGACGCCCCUGCAGCCGUUGACAAUACAACAAUCGCAGCGGUAGAAGAAUCCGAUUCAUCAUCUUCAACCACACCGUCAUUACGAGAAUCUCAAGAUCCAGUCCCCAACGCCCCUGCAGCCGUUGAAAAUACAACAAUCGCAGCGGUAGAAGAAUCCGAUUCAUCAUCUUCAACAACACCGUCAUUACGAGAAUCUCAAGAUCCAGUCCCCGACGCCCCUGCAGCCGUUGACAAUACAACAAUCGCAGCGGUAGAAGAAUCCGAUUCAUCAUCUUCAACCACACUGUCAUUACCAGAAUCUCAAGAUCCAGUCCCCAACCCCCCUGCAACUGUUGAAAAUACAACAAUCGCAGAUGUUGAAGAUAUCGAAACAUUCAAAGGUAGACAGCUGGCGAGCAAAAUGAUUUUCUACAUGAACCACUCGGCUAAACCGUGCGAAGACUUCUACGAAUACGCAUGCGGAAACUUUGAAAAUAACCAAAUCAUAGCUGGGAGUGACCUCCAACAGGACGCAAUUCGACGAAUAUUUGAUGAAGCUGAGAAGCACAGCGAAAGACCUGAACUAGCGCCGUUCAUUAAAUACUACAGGAACUGCAUUUCUUACGAAAAGAAUCCGAAUCAGACUGAGAAAAUAAUUCAGGCAAAAAAGGCCCUAACUGAGAUCGGAAAAUUUUACAGCCGCUCAGAAACGAUGGAUAAUUUCGAUAUUACGGAUAUACUGUCCAAACUUCUCUUCAGAAAUAGCGCACCGUUAUUCGACAUCACCCUUGACGUUUCUGCCUCCGACGGAUUAUGUGAUGACCUUCCGAGCCCCGCGUCGUUCACUCUCAAGUUGGGACCAUCCGAUCUCGCCGAUAGUUUUUUUAUGCAGAAGCAGGCGCAAGACUGUUACAAUGAACAGAAAUUAUCGAUGAAAAAAGAGGACGUAGAUCUGGCAGAGCAAUAUCUGAACUCCAAUCAUUGCAGGAAAACCAUCCUCGCAAAUUAUCUCGCAUCGGUCAAAGAAGCACUGAAAAUGUUAAAUGUCGACACGGAAGUAGUGACACAGACGGCAAACGAGUUGAAAAUAGCAUUACUUCAACCUUUCUAUUGGCAAUAUGGAGAUAAAAGAAAUACUAAAACGACUUAUGCAAAGAGGGACUAUUCGCGGAUGACGAUUGUCGAACUACAAAGAAAAAUAACCCCAUCAUUCCUCAAUUGGAAGCGCUUAAUCAGAAUUCCGGAGGAUGAGACGUUGGAGAUACAGGUUUAUUUCAAGAAUGUUGUAUUUCAGGGAUUAGAAUCAUUGUCAAAAAACGCGAACAAACGGGAACUCAACAAUGCUCUACUCGCAAUUUAUGCCCAUAAGGUUUAUCAAGAGUUAGUCCUCGAGCAUCCUGACGUUGAUGAAUAUUGCAAGCAACUUACAACGAGCCUCAUGAAGCCGCAUGCGUCAAUGCUAUACAUGUCAUCCUUUGGCCCUGAAGAUCUUGAGGCCAUGAAUGCUACGGUGAUAGAGAUGUUCACGGAGUUGAAGAAAACCUUCGAAUCGGGUCUGAUAAGAGCAAAGUGGCAGACGGAUGUAAAGAAUUCCAAUUUAAUGAAGAAGCUUCGCGGUCUGUCGAUAGCAUUACCGCAAAAGUCGAAUUAUCUUGACAACUGGUCGGUCGAGCUGACUGGUAACCACUUUGAAGAUACGAUAACACUGCAAAAGAAUUACAGAACGUCAAUGUACCAAUUGCUUCUGAAUGGCGCUGAAAUUAAAUCUGAGCAGAUUUGGGCGUACUUCGCUUCGCCCUACCAGGCGACCAGUUUGGCGAUACACGGACUAAACAAGAUCGUCGUUCCGUACGCCGCCAUCGACUGGCCGACCGUUUGGAGCGCUAAGACCACAUCCUCGAAGCACAUGAUAACGGCUACGCUUGGAACCCUGAUUGCGCGGGAGAUCGCCCAUCACUUCGAUCUUACGGGUAUAAAGUUCUUAAAUGGCCACAAGGCCACGAGCGAUGAUGAAUCAUUGUUCUGCGACGACGAUCAAGCGUUUGAAAUCUUUAAGAAAUACAUAGAAAAUGUGACAAGUUGCCCCGGAACGAGCGGCAACGUAAGUCUACCGACAACUGGACAGACUAUUCAAUACCAGAUACAACCUCUCAGUGAGAACAGCCGAGUUGCAGACGCUAUAGGUCUGCAACUCGCCUACGACACGAUGCAAGGCCUAUCUUCCGCGCCCAAAAAUAACCUUCUCCCGUGGCUGUCGAAUCAGGAUACCAAUGAGGACAAGCAGUUCUUCUUAGCCUAUGCUCAGUUGCAUUGUUCGAAGAUCCCUCUGACAUCUUCCUUUGUGUCACUUUUCGAAGAUGAAAAUUUGCCGAGCCGUUUGCGGAUUCUGAUCGCAGCCUCCAACAACAAUUUAUUAGGAUCGGCCUGGAACUGUCCUACAGGUUCUAACGUUCAUCCGGAAGAAGUUUCAAGUAUUUUUCCAAAAUUGGUAGCAGCGCCUGGUACUGUUAACACAACCGCUCAAUCGGUGAUGAGUAUCGCUUAUUGAAAUCGACCGAACACAGCCUAUUCGCUCUGAUAAUUUACUCAAAUCUUAUUAAGUUACGGACGGAAAUCGAUAAAAUAACAAUAAUUCAAAUUAUC